CAAGCGGCAGACAUGUCGAAAUGGCACUCUAUCCGUCCAUGGCAUCCCCGCCUCUCCCUCUCCGUUCGCGAGAUCACCUCCGUCUCCGCAACCUUCAUCCUCUCUUCUCUCUCCUCCCAGACAAAUCUUUCGCUCAUCCUCGACGGCGAGGACGACCACGCAGAUGAUGGCACCGUAGCGCUGUCGUCCACCUCCCCUCAUCAAAUCAUGUCCGAUGCUCUCUCGGUAAAGGUCAACGGCGCCUCGUGGAAGCUCUUUCUCAUCCGAGUCGACGACGAGGCAGACGAGGCGCUGAUCAUCAUCUACGGACUCAUGCCGGGAAGACAGUACGACAUCGAGCUGGGAGUCCUGCCGGGGGAAGAGAGGGUGAAGGGACAAAUCGUGACCGAGUCUCGCGGUCGCGACAACGACACGGACGCGAAUCAGGACGUCCCUGAGCUCACCCACCUGUUGAGCUCAUCUUCCCAACCUAACCUCGUCGAUCCCUCUCCAUCUCCCCCCUCGCCGUCUCCCCCCACCACGCCGACGUCGACCACGCACUCCCAUCAGACCCUCGAGGAGUACAUCGCCUCUCUCCAAUCCACGCUCUCGCAUCUGCAGAACGAGCACACCACACUGCUCUCCUCACUCAAAGCUGCUCGACGCGAUGCGCAGAAAUCGCAGUCUGCCCUGCGCUCCGAGAUCUCCUCUCUAAAAAAGUCUUCGCAGAAACACGCCGCCGGUGAUGCCAGGGCACGACAGAAGGUGCGUGCGUUGGAGGAGGCGGUGAAGCAAGCCGCCAAGGGCCGAGAGGACGUCGAAGCAGAACGGGAGGUCGUGGAGGCCGAUCGGAAGGAUCAAGAUGCGGAAAGCGAGGAGAAAGAAAAGCAG